AUGUUCCUCAAAUCUUCAUUCGUACUUUCUGUGAUCGCGGCUGCGAGCUACACCUGCCAGGCUCAGAGCCAGCUCGUGGCUUCUCAGAUCAUGGCUUCAGCCAUCAACAUGGAUGGAAUCGAGGCGAACUUUAUGUUUGCGCCGCUGGCGAACAACGGCGGUGCACAGGUGUGGAUUGAGGUUAAGAGUGGGCUUUCGAAAAAGUUUGCCAUCUCGCCGACAGGAGGUUUCGAAUACCACAUCCAUGUCAACCCUGUGGGUCCCAAUAACGAUUGUAUGGCGACCGGGGGACAUUUGGAUCCUACUAAUGUCGGUGCUGCCAAAUGCUUGGCUGCCAAACCUGACAAGUGUCAAGAAGGCGAUCUCUCUGGCAAACACGGUGAAUUAAAGGCGACAGAGUCAGGCGCAAUUCCACCGCAGUCGUAUAACGACAAGUAUAUUAAGUUUUCUGGAGAGACAACGACGAUCGCCGGCCGAUCGGUUGUGAUCCACAACAAUGGUACCCGUGUGGCCUGUGGCAACAUCUACCCGUUUAAGCAAUCUUCAUCACCCUCGACUUCGACAAACAGCGCUUCAUCGGCGCCCGGUGGUGAAGUCCAAUCGCAACAUUCGGGUGCCAGUGGUGGGCAGGUUGUUGUGACGAUGGCCAUGGCUGUUGCAGGCACUGUCUUUGGCGCCUUGAUGGCUCUUUAA